AUGCAACCGGGCUCCAGCCAGGGAGCGACUGUUAUUCAGGUAUCGAAAAAUCCCGUGACCACCCACACUAUCAUCCAACAGAACAGCCAACAUCUCCUUGUCGGUAAGCUAGGUGCCACUGCGUCUGCAACGGCAGCUGCGGCUGGCGCUACCGACGCUUCUAGUUUGGUGACCGAUUCUACCACCAAUGGAGCUGUUCAGACCCUCCUUCCAACUCAGUACAUCGAGACAGCAACUGAACAGACUGUCUACGCUGCCACCGCUGUCAGUGGCGGAGGCGUUGCCGGUGGUGGCGGCGGCAGUGCAAGUGGCACCAGUACUGGCGGAGCUAGUGGUGGAGGCGGUUCAGGUCAAGUGCAGUACCAGGAGUAUGCACCGAUUAUCUACACUCCUGUAUGUGGCAGCCAAACUUACUACCAAACUGUUGGUGGGCAGCAAGAUGAUAAGAGAAGAGAAAAUUGCUUUAAACCCACUCAAAUUCCCCUGCAGGUUCUUGCUAGUUCGGGCUUCGGAGGAGCUGGCGGAUCUAUUGUCGGUGCUGCGGCUGCAGCGGCCGCUGCUGGUGUUAGUGGUGGUGGCGGAGGAGCCACACAAAUUGUCACUCACCAGGGCACAACCUACAUCCUCCAAAGUGCCACUGGACCACUUGAAGAAGAUGCUACUGCCCUGUCCCACACCGCCAAGGCCAGUCCUGUCACUGUUCAGUGGCUAUUAGAAAACUAUGAGACAGCCGAAGGUGUGAGUCUGCCUCGAAGUACGCUCUAUUUCCACUACCUACAACAUUGUCAUGAGAACAAGCUAGAACCUAUGAAUCCUGCUUCCUUUGGCAAGCUUAUCCGUUCUGUCUUUCUGGGACUGCGCACCCGCCGCCUGGGGACUCGGGGUAACAGCAAGUACCAUUACUACGGUAUUCGAAUCAAGCCCUCCUCGCAGUUAAACCACUAUGUGGAGGACCCAGCCUUUGCCUUGCGUCAUUACCCAAACUACCAUCGGCAGAGCAUGGAAGUUGUGGCAGAGUGGAAGAGUCUCACUGGCAAAUCCACAGCUGCCUCGGCAGCCUCUAGUGCUGUUAACGCCAAUUCCUCUUCUGGUGUUUCGGGAGGAGUGAGACAGAGUUCUGCUUCUGUUAGUGGCAACGGUGGCGCCUUCGGGGAUAGUACUGUCAGUGGCGGUGGUAGUAGUUUGGGGAGUACACGGACGCCCUGUGUUGUCAGUGGUCAAACCAGACACCAGCAUGCGCAGUUUUUGGGUGAAGCAACCUCAGCCCUUCCAAACUUGAACGAGAUCUGCCGUUCAGCUGGACUACCCAUUCCUGGCUCAGAAGAUGUAGACUUGUCUCCGCGCGUUCGAAACGCUUCGGGAUCCUCCAUACCCUCUGUGAAGAAAGGACCGUCGUCGACAGCAGCGGGAACAUCCGGUUCGACAUCGGGAGGAGGAGGAGGAGCGGGAGGCGGACUGGACGGUUUACCUACCAAAGAUUUAAUCAAAUUUGCCAUCCUCUAUGCCCAUUCAGCGGGUAAUAUGCUUGAUGCUGUGGUAAAUCUUGACUUCUCCUCUAUUGCUGGUGCCUGGAAGGCCUUUUGGCGAACUGGAGACUGUAGUGAGGAUUCGGUGUUUGAGAAGACCCUUUCAAAGGAACGAUUGUACGCCCUAUCCAAAAACAUCGUGGUGCAUCAAUUUAUUCGCCUUUACGACCACACAUUCUACCAAUCUCUGGCCGAGGUGCUCAUUCCUAACGUCUUGCGUCCUAUUCCCUCCUCCCUCACUCAGGCUAUUCGCAACUUUGCCAAACAUCUUGAGGUGUGGAUGCGUGAGGCCCUGCAAGAUUUGGAUCCUGUGCUUCUGCGUAUCAAACUAGGCGCGGUCUCGGCUCUGGCGCAGACUCUGCGUCGCUACACUAGCCUCAACCACCUCGCUCAGGCGGCGCGUGCUGUGCUCAAAAAUCCCACCCAAAUAAACCAAAUGCUCAUCGACCUCAGUCGUGUUGACUUCAAUAAUGUACAGGAACAAGCUUCGUGGGUGUGUCAAUGCAGCGACGCAACAGUUGCCCACCUGGAACAGGACUUCAAAUACAUUCUACAGAAGCAGUCGAGCCUGGAAGAGUGGGCACAGUGGCUGGACACUGUAGUGACAGGAAUACUGCGUCCUCUGGAAGGGAACAACCUCGCUUAUGCUCGUGCCGCACACCAACUUAUCCUUAAGUGGUCCUUCUACAGCUCCAUGGUCAUACGUGACCUCACACUACGGUCUGCAGCCAGCUUUGGCAGCUUCCACCUAAUCCGACUGCUCUAUGAUGAGUAUAUCUUUUACUUAGUGGAGCACAAGGUUGCCGCUCAUCUUGGCAUGACCCCGGUGGCGGUGAUGGGCGAAAUGGGAAGGGCAGUGACACGGCCACAUUGCAACCUCUCCCGUGCCACUGCGGCCGCUCUCGUUGCUCCCGCUGGUGCCUCUACGAUGGAGUCUCGACGCUCUCGUCAGGAUCUUCCAGCUACUUCCUCUUCCUCCUCCUCCUCCUCCUCCUUCUCUAACACCACUGUCACUGGAAGAGGCAAGCUGGAAGCAGUUUUGACAGCUGUAAAAGAAUCGGUUUUACCUCGUCAAAUGGUGGAAGGAGAGACUGAAAUGGGGGUUGGGGGCACUUCUGAAGCGAUUUUGACCUCAGCAGCAACAACGACUUCAGACCUUGAGGAGGCCCCAGGAGAACCUGAUGAGGCAGCAAUUUGUGAGGCGUUCGAGACCGAGGCUGUCUUUCCACGUCCAUCUUCCUCCUCACUCUCCGCUGCGGUUCGACAAGCAGAAGUGGAGACAGUCGUGGGUACAGAAAGGAUGGUGGAGGAAUUCCUGGACGGCGAGGAGGUGGAGGAGGAAGAGGAAGAAGUGGACGAAGACGAUGGAGACGAGAAUGAGAACGAGAAUGCCAUGCUCUGUCGUGCUCAUGAAUCAGCCCUCCUCAAAGCCGCAGAGGCUGCGGCGGUAGAAGCAGCGGCAGCAGCUACACAAAAGACACCAAAUGGCGAGGUUGGCUUUGCAGGACAGUUGAAUUUGGAGAGAGAGGAGGCUGGGAAGUGUAUGAAAGUAGAAGAAUCCGAGUCACAGUCACAGUCACAACAUGAAUGCUGUGACUCUCCUCCGCCCAUUGUCGCGCACGCUACACCGGUACGAAAGGUAGUCCGGGUGACAACUUUUGAGGAGGAUGGCAGUCGGUCUACACCCGGUUUGAGUGCCGAGCAGUCAGUGAGUUUGGGGCCCUCCAUUGCUUCUGCAGCAACCACCAGUGCGACCUCUCUGAUCAUUCCUUCGGAGGCAAAGCGUCCGCGUCUGACUUGA